AUGAUGGAUCAACCAAAAGCUUUAAUAAAUAAUUAUUCCUUAUCGUCACCACUUUAUAAACAUGCUCUAAAUGAUUGCUCAGGUGCAAUAGCAGGUUCACCAUUUCAUCAUAAUUAUUGUUUACUCAUCUGUCAAUCAAAAGCAUGUUUUUCUCUUAUUUUCAUCGAAGAUAAUCAACGUCUAAACAAAACUCCGAUUGAUUAUUUUGUUUCUGACAUCAGUUGGUUUCAAUCAAAACAAGUUUUUCUUGUUUCUACGGAAUAUCAUCUUUAUGAGUUUUCUCCAUUAAGCAAUCAUCUGUCAAAACCGUAUGAAAAUUUCAAAUCUACUCGAACAUUAUGUAGUUUAGCUUGUAAUUCAACCAAUCUAUAUAUUAUCAAUAAACCUAAUAUGAUUAUUUAUGAAAGAUAUUUAAAAAAACCAUUUAAGAAAAAAAGAGAAUGGACAAAGAAUGAUCUUAUGUAUGAUAAAGAUGAUCAAACUAUUGGAUGUAUUCGUAUGGAUGAACAAAGACAGAUUUUAGCAUUAUCAAUCAAACAAAUUGAUAUUCAAUGUCGUGUUGAUCUCUUUUCAAUAGAUAAUAUGGAACAUUUACAUUCUGGACCAUCAUUUAAGAUAUCUCAUCAGAUGGAUUCUUGCUAUUGUAUGAUAACACCAUUACUGAAUUCUUCUAAUCAAUGGUUAGUAGAAAAAUGUCAAACUAUAUUACUUGAUGAAAAUGCUCAAGUAAUCAAUCAAAUCGAUCGCUAUAACGGAUAUAAUGCAACACUUACUGGUCGUGAUAAAAUAGUCUUUUUAGAUUAA